CAUCACGCAAACAAAAUAAAUAACAUCACGUGACCAAUAAUUCCUAACACAAAGUCCGGCUUGAGUGCCGCGAUGCGAAGAUGGAAGCCGACGAAGCUUGAGGGUUCGUGAUGCUGUAUGCAAAGAGAAUGGUUUUGAAGACCUAUUGAACAUCUGCAAGCGUUGGCGUCUAUUUAUGUUGAUUUUAGGUUGACUUAAGCGGAGUUUCAGAACCAGGAAGGCAAGCAGUUCGCAUCACAUAAGCACCAUGCAAGCGGAACAUUCGCGAAAAGAAAGUGACGACUUCUCCAAACUCUUCCGUGGAACCGAUAGCGAGAACUUAGGACUUAGUAGUGAUAGUCUAACGGUGGGCCCAGCUUUAACAGAACCAACCUUGUCUUUUCACCAGCCGAAGUCAGGUUUCACGUCGUUUCGAGAGUUUUUCUGUCGCGGUACCGGUAGCGCAAGAAUUCGAGUCGAAGCACAAAGACUGCCAGUCAAUGGCCUCAUGGAAGUCUAUGUCCACCCUGUGGUAUCUGUGGUGAUUUUACUUGCUGCCAUACUCAUUCCUUUCGGACUUGGUUACUACGUUUUUCAUCAGGAUUACGUAGUCAGGGGUGAAUAUUUGGUUAUAGACAAGUCGUUAGAAUCUUUUGAGAUUCCGGGGCACAUCAGCUCGCAACGGGAGGAUAUGAUUUCCGUUGCCUCGAAGCUCUCGAAGGAAGUUAAGGCAACUUCAUUGGGAAGAGAGAAACGAUCGCCACACAGAACGACGAGUAAAUCAGGUCCUAAUUAUCAAAAGAAAGCUGCAUGGACCUUGGAGCUUGUUUACUUGGCUAUUGGAGACGACGACUUGAACAUCUUCACAAAAGAGAGGCUCGAAAGUAUUCAUCAAAUUGAGCAAAGUCUCAUGAACCAAGAAGGUUUCACCGACUAUUGUUGGAAAUGGGAAGUGGCGCAGAUAGAUCCUUUUCUUAAAGAUAACUGCACUCCUCCAAUCUCCCUAGUAGACUUCUUUUUCCCUUCUGUCGCUCAAGAGAUGCGGAUAUACGACGGUCGAGGUAUGAAUGACGGCGGUACGAGAUAUAACCUCACGGAAGCAAGUAUUAAAGACAGUUUGCAGCUACUUCUCACUAAACCCUUCACCUACUGGUUUGUGGACGGUUCUUUUUCGAAAGAUAACCAGAAAAGUCGAUUCUUACGUGCUGAAUUGAAGUUUGGCUACCCUUUGAAGUCUGGGGGUAGCAAACGUACUCAAACUAAAGCAUUCAAAAGAUAUUUGGUGAAGUAUGUCGAAGGGUUAAAGAAGUUGUCAACAAACAAAGUGCGAUUAUUGUAUGGUGGAAGCACAAUCUUUGAUUAUGAGGUGGAUAAAACAUUGUGGGCAGACAUCACACUGGCACUCUUCACGAUUCUUUUUGUUGCAGCAUUUGUAUUCAUAUUCACACGUUUCUCCCUUUUCCUGACUAUUUUUGGUAUCAUCAGUAUUGCAACAUCCCUAUGCUUGGCUUACUACCUAUUCCGCAUUGUAGUCAAGGUGAAGAGUCUUGGGAUUCUCAGUGGCAUUUCACUUUUCAUCAUUAUUGGUAUUGGGGUGGAUGAUGUGUUUGUCUUCAUUAACACUUUUCGUCAAGCACACAGUGCUAGAAGUCUGGAAGCUCGCAUGCUUCAUUCCAUCAGCACUGCUGGUAAAGCGACGUUCUUCACGUCGUUUACUACAUCUGUUGCAUUUGCUGCCAACUGCCUUUCUCAGAUGCCUGCAAUUCAUGACUUUGGCCUGUUCAUGGCACUGAUAGUAGGCAGCUGUUGGUUGACUGUGUUCUGUACCAUCCCCCCUGCCCUUAAUUUGUGGCAUCGUUACAUUGCAAAGUGGGAAGCACUACUAUAUCAGCUGUUAUUUGGGUGGAUGGGUUGCAUCUUUGGCAGUGGAGGUUCUGGUCUGCCUGAUGACAUUGUCCAGUUUCUAUCAGGGAAUGACAGGAACCCUGCAGAACAGCAUUCCUCUACCUCAUCCUCUUCAGAAGUGAUGGAACUUUCAAUAAGAAGACCAACACAAGAUGAUGAUGACUCAAUGCUUGUUCAAUUGGACAGCAGUCCUCCUACCUCACAAAACCCAUCUCCGAGUUCCAGUGAUACUGACUUGGCUAUGUAUGAUGAUCCAAACAGUACAUUUGAUCAAGAGGUACCGCUAAUGCGUAACAGAGCAUCACAGUCAAGACCAGCAGUUUCUCAGCAACGCCAGCACAGCAGCUCCCAUUGCUGGUGCGGACUACAGGCCGUUUUGUAUCACUGGUUAGCUGUUCCAAUACAGAAGUAUCGUUUUGUUGUCCUGGUAGUGUUUAUCAUCAUGCUUGGAACAUCCAUAGGCUUGGAUGUACAAAUCCAGCCGUCUACUAAACCACCUGCAUUUUUCAAAGAAAGCACCAAUUUGCAGCAGCUGCUGGAUCUCAAGUACAACAUGAGCAGUGACUCAUUAAACGUGAAUAAUGUAGCUCCAGAACUGAUUGCAAAGAACAUUCAGUCAAAUUUUGUUGAUGAUCCUAUAACCGCGUCAACCCCUACCACAAAAAAACGUAAAGAAUCCAACGUCCUUAAAACACCAACAUCAACACCUACGCCAUCACCUGCAACUGUAGAACAGUCAGGGUCACACCACAAGACAAACAUACUGGGGCCAAAAACUCCAAAAGCUACACCUGCUCCAACUAAAAAGACAACUACUCAACAGAGAAGGAAGUCAUCUAGCCCAGCACAACCUUCAGAAAAGAUCUCUUCUUUAAAACCUCAAACAAAGAGCACAAAGAAACCAACUAAACCUCUUACUCAAAAACCAAAUCGAUCCAAGACCCCAAAUAACAUGUCUGUAACACAAAAGCCAAAACCAGGCAAUUCUGGAAAUGAUGUUGAUUCCACACCUUUGCCAAAUGCAACCUUGGCUACGCCUGAUCCUUUGUGUCCUGAUCCUUGCAAUGCUGUUGCAAAACCCAUCGUGGACUCAUCAUCGACUGUCUACGUGAUACUUGGUUUAAAGAAAAUUGACCGUAGCAGGAUAACCAGAGAACAUGUUAUUGAGCAAAAGGGUGAGGUUAUUCCAGACUAUGAAUUCACAGAGAUGUUGUUAAGCAGCUGGUCAAACUUCAUCAAGUACGCUUGCCGACUAUGCAAAGUUCUGAGUGACAACACGGAACUGGUUCAAGAAGGAGGAGCAGAUUGCUUCCCUCUGUGGAUACUGGACUACAUUAAAGUACACAGACAGCAGAAUCCUCAUGAUCCCUGGAUUAAAGACUGUGUAGACAUAAAGGCACCAACAUUCAGUAUGUCAGGGAAAUCGCGUGCUAAGCUGAUGAGAAUGCCAUCUAAAGACAGGCGUUAUGGAAAUUACACCUUUUGGAUGAAGAUGGCAUUUGAAUCGACUGUUUUCAUGGGCAAGUCUUCCAAGGAGAAAGUAAAAGAUUUUGAUAAAUGGAACAACUUCUUGAAGGAGGAACUCAGUGCUGGCUCCUUCCCUAAGGGUUUCCAGUCAGCUUUCCAAUCCAGCUCAGAGUGGGUUGUCACAUUCAUUGAAGUCAUUGCUGUUAACAGUGCCAUCUACGGCAUUGUAUUCUCACUUGUGUUGUGUCUGGGCUCUGUUGCUGUCUUCACAGCCAACUUCUUCCUUACAUUGAUUGUAAUGAUCACUAUAUUAGGUGUUUUAACAUCAGUGGUAGCCAUAUUUUACCUGGCAUCUUGGCAGCUUGGAGCAGUGGAAGCCAUUUCACUGUCCAUUUUGGUUGGCACGUCAGUGGAUUACUGUGUCCAUCUUGUAGAAGGCUACAUUAUGGCUGGAAAUUCCAUACCAGAUGUGAACUCUUCUAAGGAAAUCCGUGGCUGGAGGACGUUGGCUGCUGUGUCCCACAUCGGCACUGCCAUUCUUAGCUCAGCCAUUACAACUAUAGUAGCAUCAAUACCUUUAUGUCUGACAGUAAUUCAGCUGUUUGCGAAGUUCGGUCAGAUCCUGGCCAUCAACACUGCAGUGUCCAUUUUCUUCACCCUGACAAUAUGCGUAGCUCUACUAUGUAUCAUUGCACCAGUUAGAUUCCGUGCUUCUUGGAAAUCAUCGUUGAUAGCCCUUGGAAUUGUGGUAGUAGUGUAUGGAUUAGGAGCGAUGAUUCUGUACUUUAUAAGUGCAAUGGUAGUUGCCAUCCCAGGUCCUGCAGGACAGCCCUUGUUUUCUUAACUGCAUGCAACUCUUAAAAGAAUUUGAGAGUGUUUGCUCAACUGCAGCUCCUUAAUAGCAGUGUGAGACAAUAAUCUUGUAAAUGGCAACUUGUUUAAUGUAUAUAGGUAACAUUGCUGUAUAGUUCUGAAAAUGAUGAUCCCUCUUACUUUUCUUACUCACCACCUUAGAGAUAAGAAGAAAUCUUGCAAUGGGUGAAUCUCAUGUUGAGGUCACUUGUUAAAGGUUUCAAUAUAAUUUUUAACAGGAGGGAAUCCUCUAGGACCAAGGGACCCCUGAAAAAAUUUGAAAUUCUACUCUUGUAGAAAUGGGUUUUCUAUCAGUUUGGACCACAAAAUCAGUACCACUCAGUUGCCUACAAAAAAAUAUUGUGGAUAACUGAAUUGUAAUAUUCAAGUCCAUCAUUGCAGGUGGAUUUGCUCAUAGUUAUGACAUAUUUAGAGUGGGCUCUCGUGCACAGCAUUUCACAGUGCAUCAAUGAGCGAAUUUGCUCCACAAUUUGAAGAUACCAGGGAAAUACUGCACACUAUAACCAGCAAAAUUGUGGUUUAUUUGACUUAAAAUGAGCUCAACUUUUUAGAAGACUGUUGAAAUACUGAUGGCAAAGUUCUGUUCACAGCUGGUCAAUUUGUCUAGUGGCCAGCCCUUAAUGAAACCCCAACUUGUGAGAUCAUUGCCCCAGUUUUCUUCUUGUUUCUAAAGUGGCGAAUUGGUAUUUUGCAAGAUCUCCUACUAUUGGCACUGACUAGCUUGGGGUACUGCUAAAAUGUAUACCAUAUGUGGAUUAAUCACACUAUCAGCUAAUAGAGGUGUCUGCUCAAUUUGGGUUCAUUUUAAAGAAAAUAUUACAUUGGGACUUAAUGAGGUUGGAAGCUUGCCUUAUUGAGGUUGUCAGCUGCAUAUGAGGUGAUGGGUCUGCUUAAUGCAGUUCUGAUUUCAGGGUGAUUUUACUUUCAGAAAUGUACAGUAUAUUGUAGCUGUUUUAAAUUACAGCAUGCAUCACAAGAAUUCCAUUCUAUUAAUACCUCUUUCAGUGUUUGUGCUGUUGCAAACCUUAUGCAUAUAGCCAUUCACAUGUUCAAAGAAUCUAUUCUUUGCUGCAAGAUUCAGUAUGGUGGCAUAAUUAUCUCUGGCAUUUUGCAGUGGAAAUCUUGUGAUGCAUGGUGCAUUUAUGGAGAAUUUUCAAAUUCGUUGGUAAGCAUCCAUGUUGCUGAAUUAAUGGUGUUACAUAAUUUUUAAACUUGUUUUGGGCAAAAUGUUUGUUUUUACUAGUACCUAGGAUAGCUGUUUAUAUAUUAAAUUAGUAGCCACUCAAUAUGAAUCAAAUAAUUUAGAAUAGAAAAUCGGAGAUGAUAUUUUUGUAAUUUGUUAAGCAGCUUGAUCUAGUCGUUCUCUCUACUCUUCAGAGUGAGAUUAUGACUAUGGUCAUGUUAUUCACUGAUGAGUCAUGCAAAUGAGUCAAGGGGUAACUAGUAUAUUCAGAUGUAGGGAACAAGCAUUGUUUUUGUCCCCCAUAUGCUAUUUUACAGGCGUGUACUCAGCUACCUGGCCCAUAAAUGCAAGUGAGGCACUGGAGGUGACCUUGCUUUGAGACAAAUGUCUCUGGGUUUUUGAUUUAAAUGCCAACUAGUAGCAACUUGAUUUGCCCACCAAAAGCAGUGAGGUCUGUAUCAAAACAAGGUCACCUUCAGCCUUACUGCCAUUCAAAAGCCAAGUUACUGACUGACACAACUGUAACACAACUGUUAAAUGGUCUAUGGGGUCUUUGAGAUUUGACCCUAACCCUGAGGACUUACUGGCAGGCUUGUUGCCAAGCAAUGCGACCUUGUCAUGGUGACAAGAUGACGUAACACACCAGUUUUGAUUACUGCAUACAAUGUGUAAACAAUAAGGAAAAUGGAAAUUUGUCCUUUGGGUAACUUACAAGUAGGAGCAGUUUUAAAAUGCUGCAACGAUGAGCAGAUGACUUGUGGGUUUUAGCUGAAAUGCUAGAUACUUAUCAACCCAAAAGAAAGGUAGUUGUAAAUAGUUCUGUAAGUCACGAGCAUACUUUCGUCACAUUGAGAGAAUUUUCUAUUGGCUCUCCUUUACAAUCAUAGUCAUUAAAUUUGUAAAUGGUCGUUAGUCAUUUAUGUACAGUAUUUAGCCCAUAUUGUGUUUAGAAAUUAAAUUUAACAGCUUUAAGAUUGCUUGUGCUUGUUAGGUAUUAUAUAUUUUUCCUUUUCACUUGUGAACAAAAGACCAAGUGUACACCUUACGGUGUCGCUGAGGAACUUACUUUAAAUUCCUUGAAUUGGUUAUGGGUCAAUUCGUGUUACCCUAUUUAAAGUGCACACUUAACAAACUAACACUUAAAAACAAAUUGAAUUUAGCCCCUGCAAACGUUUUGGGUAUAUUUUAUAUGUAACUAUGAAAGUGCAUUCAGAUUAAUUUAGGCUUAAUUUCAGCCACACUCUUGGGUCCACUGGACCUCUGAAGUAUUGGUUUUUUUAAUGCCUUCUAUUGUGAAAUUAUCUGACUGUUUUUUUUCCCACUGUACUUAGGAAUUAUUGAGUAUAGUUUGUGUUCCUCAAUAAAAUGGUGUUUAUAAAACACAAAACA